CAACUCAAUAGUCUCAGCUCUGAUGCAGCUAGUCUGUUGACGUUCUUACAUCUAAACCGAAGUGUUUUUAUGUUUUGAAAUUACAAUGUUCGUUUGUGAUUAAAGAAAAAUUAUAACUCAUUUCUUUAACGCAUUUUUAGUUGUUAUAGUAGUUCAUAUAUUAGAAGCCGACUUUAUCGUGGUAUAACAACAAUGAGCAUAAUUAAAUUGUGGAUCGUUGUGGUUUCCUGUUUUGCUGUCGGUAACUGUACCGGCGAGAGUAGAAAGAUCGACGAAGUGCAGUAUAAAAAUCACCGGACGUCGUCUUUCGGAAAUGAUACGUCACAGAACCACGCCAUGCUGCAUAAGACGUAUCCUGUGUAUCCAGCACAGGUUUAUGCCAAUCUUUCGAACGUAAGGGAUUUUGAGGCGGUCAAACUCCAUACAGAACAGCAGCAGAUGUCGAAGACUACGGAAACGCCGUCGGACGUGGUGCGAAUGUUCUUUACCGCGACGACUGCGGGCAAAAAGAAACCCCUGCAGGAUGCUACCGGUAGCACGACUCCUGUUCCUGGUCUGGCAGCUCCGACUACAGGUUCUAUUUUCAGGACCGCCGCACCGUCCACAUAUAUUGUGACCGCUAAGAACGUUGUGUCAACUGACACCAAAGACCUGUAUCAUAAGUCACCAAUUUAUUCGGGAUCUCAAUCCGAGGCUGAAGUCAAGUACGCUACUUCAUCGGUGGACUUCCGAGGAGUGCCAUCGGUCAAUGAAAACGAAUCAAGAACCAAAACAAAAUUUAAUGGCUCAAAAAUUAGACGGGUCUUGAAACCACAAAAUCUGGCGAUGCAGUCAUCACUUCCCUACACCUCCACUACAACCCCGCAAAUGUCACCGUCGUUCACCAGUAACCAUCGAAAUUUCACCUCGUUCGCGGGUAGUACCAAGGUGAACGCGAUGUCGGUAACAUCAUCAAAACCGUUCGCGACCGUGCUGGUACCCAAACAUGUCUUGGAUGACGGAGUCUUUCAUCAGCAAGAAGACUCAUUCCGUCCAAUUGUGCCUCCGGUAUUUACGCCAUACAAAUCACCCAGCGUCGGCGUCGACACGAAUAGUAUCGUAGAGAAUAGACGGGUGUCGGACAUCGUAGCCGGUAACAAUAACCAACCACUUGCUAACCGAGCCACCGCCGCGACGACUGUACCUAAGUUAAAAAAUUAUGGGCAUACGAAACCACUCGCGUACAAGGUAGAAGAAUACGUACCAGGUGAUGCACAGCCGUCCGUCGUCCCCAACCACGGCUAUGGUAACGAACAGGACAGGUCAGAUCGCUAUUCCGUGAUAACCGAUAAACGUGACAUAGAAAAGUCACACAAUCGGGAACAUCAUUCUGCUUCAUCGUAUUAUGAAAAUGCACCAAGACACAAUGGUCCACCAAAAAAAGUAGAAGCUUUAAAAUACGGAUUCGUUGAAUCAGAGGCGGAACCACUUAAAAGUGACAACGGUCCAAAGCAAACUCGUGAAUUCUAUCAGGCAACUGAGUGGCCAGCUCGAAUUAAAUACGAAUAUUUCGACGGGAGAUCACCGACGCUAUCGUCUGGAUUGGUUCACACACAAGGAUCGAUAUCGGAACCUCCAUCCAAGGAGCACUUUAAUGCCUCACCCGCCAGUUUAUCGCCUCCGAACUACCCCCAAACGGAAUCCCCGGAAUUCGUAAUGGGUGACCUGAACCCCAAGGACGUGUUGAAAUCACUCCUACGAGACAUCCUUAAGUCCAAGCAACAGGCCGAGAUCAAGCCAAAGUCGCCCACCACUAUGGAUGAAAUCCUCGACUCGUAUAUUAGUUCCAACCAACAAAACGCAGAUUACUCGUCGCAGGACAGUUUUGAUAUUACACAAUCAGACAUGAACUGUAACUUGCGGUCAUCCAAGUACAUUACCGACGGACAAUGUGUAUCAACUAAACGCGUGGUAGAAUCUGUGUGCGCCGACCGCUGUCUCGUUUCAGCCAGUUCUUUGAGUCAGAGACAUCGAUCUUCUAUGCUCGACAACCAACAGGUGGAAGCCCUGCAAUGCUCCGACGGUGACGUGAAAAUGGUUCGUGUCCAGCUCAAGUGCCGAGACGGUAACAUGUUCAACCACGUCAUAAAAGUAGUGAGCUCUUGCCGCUGCAAAUUGCACCCGAAACAACCGUUGAUGAGGAGCAACUCGCCGAGCAGUCCGCGAGCAGCCACCAUCAACCCGGACAUCAUGGCUAUUGCCGCCGGACAAUUCUAAUAGCCACGACCGUUCGAAUAUUAUAAUUUAUUGUUAAUUGAUAUUAUUUAUAUAUUAUUAUACAAACCAACAUAAUGUCGUCACAAAUCUAUCACCGUACACUUUGUAUACUUACUGCAGUUCAGUCGGUCUCAAAGAAUGUAUUUAUUUAUAUAAGUCUAGUCUUAAGUGUAAUGAUAAUAAUGUAUGUACACCGUCCGUCAUUGUUGUUGUUGUAUUAUUUAUUUAUUUAUUUAUUUAUUCAAUAAAAUACUUUUCGUAAGUAAUAAUAUAUA